AUGAUAUCCUGUGUGCCUCGCCCUCCCCCCUCUUCACGGCUCUGCGCGCACCGCGUGUGCACCGCAUCCUUUGCUGCUCUUGCCCCCCCCCCCCUCCUACCCCUCCACCUCGUAUGCCGCGGAUUCCUCUCUCGUGUAUCCUUUUCUACUGCUGCUGCCGCUGCCAUCCCCAUCCCCGUCGAUGGAUGUGUGCACCCGCUUACACAUGUCUGCGGUGAUUCUUGUCCUCAUGGUCGAUUUGAAAUUAGCCGCGAAGUACCACAGCUUGCUAUGAUCUCUAGGUAUGUGUUGACGUGUGUGUGUAUGUCGACGAGCCACAUCAACACCCUCCUCCAAGAGGAGUACCAUUGCCUCACGGAUAUCACAUGA